AUGACACGCGUUCUCGAGGAACCGAGGAUUCGGGAACACAAUGUUCGUCUUUACGAUAACAAUGGAACUCUCCUUGCUUCUUUGCAAAUCAACCCCCUCCAGAGACAUCUAACGCACGAGAUGCUGUACCGGUACUGCAGUAUGAUCUUCAUCAUUCCUGGUCACCAAACAUGGGCAAUCUUUCCUAUCCUCCACGAUGAAUCACCAGGCCGUGUCCUUCGUUCGGACCGCCAAACCCCCAUCAAGCCAGGCAAUUACCUAGUUCUCGAUGAUGGCAAGCAUGCUAAAUCUCGAGCAAUCGCACUUCCGGAAAAGUCUGUGCGACAGAGACUCCAUUUGCGCAAUCACCAAUUCCGAACCUCUGGGGGAGAUUCCCAAAAUCCAUACAGUGGUCUUCACGCCUCCCACAUUUUCCCUACAAGCCAGAUCGCACAAUGGGAACGGGAAAACUACCAACGAUAUAUCACCGACCCCAGUCCUGCCUCUAAGAUUGGAAGCAGCAAGCUGUACUCUCCUCAAAACGGCCUACUUCUUGGACCCGAAGCCCAUGAAGCGUUCGAUAAAUUCAAAGUCGGAGUCGAUCCAGAUGCAGGUUAUAAGAUUAUCAUUUUUGGGAAAGACUCGAAAGGACUGGGAGGCACACGCCUUAGAGACUCUGCUAGAGAUGGAACAGACCAAAAAAACGGCGUUAGUGCGAAUCUACUACGAUGGCAUCUAAGGAUGUGUGUCUACCGCAAUAUGAAAGCAAACGCUGAGCCGCAGCCCCUAUGGGACGAAGACUUAGGCGAGGAUAACAUGGGUCAGAUUCUCGAACAACAUGAUGCGGCCGAGAGGAUGGAAGUGGAGCUGUUCACGCGCCUCGGGAGUUUCGUGGCUUAG